AUGGCGUCCUUUCCAUUGGAGUUUUACAUCAACCUAGCGGUGGAGAUCCCAGUCGCCAUAAUUGCUAUCGGCGGAAACUUUCUCGUAUGUUGGGCUGUGUAUCGUAACAAACAUCUGCGAUGUGUUACCAAUUAUUUCAUCGUAUCUCUCGCUGUAGCUGACCUCUCUGUCGGGUUGUUUGCAAUUCCAUUUGCUUUAGUUACAAGCGUUGGCUUGCCAGAGGAUUUUUACUCGUGUUUAUUGAUGAACUGUUUUGUUAUCAUCAUGACCCAGAGUUCAAUUUUCAGUCUCCUCGCGAUCGCUAUUGAUCGUUAUUUCGCUGUCAUUUCACCACUCGAGUAUCGUAGCAUGCUGACCGGACGACGUGCUCUUGUAGUUAUACUAAUAACAUGGUUCUUAGCGUUCUUCAUUGGGUUAGUACCCGUAAUGGGAUGGAAUCUUGGAACCCCUCCAGCACCCCGAUGCUAUUUCACAGAGGUUAUUGAUAUGAAGUACAUGGUUUACUUCAACUUUUUUCUAUGUGUAUUGACGCCACUGAUUCUAAUGAUAAUUAUUUAUAUUCGUAUAUUUCGCAAAAUUAGUAGUCAACUGAAGAAAAUGGCCGCAACAUAUGCAAAUCAGCCUGACGCUGCUGCAAAACAUUUGGCUACAUUUACGAUGAAGGAAGCAAAAACUGCUAAGUCCUUAGCUGUGAUUAUGCUCCUUUUUGCCAUAUCAUGGCUUCCUCUUCAUAUUUUGAAUUGUAUAGAUUUGUUCUGUGAUGGCGGGUGUCAUGUACCGUACCCACUUUUACUAUCAACUAUUAUGUUGUCACACGCUAACUCCGCCAUGAAUCCUGUCUUUUAUGCCUUUAGUAACAAGGAAUUCAGGUAUACGUUUCGUAAGCUUCUUGGGCGUUUGAUAAAAUGCCAUCUACUAGAUACAGGAAAUGACAAGCGACGAGACCCUAACGCUAUAGACACCGAUUUUAGCGUCAGCUUUACAAUGCAAGACAUCAAAUCAACAUUUCAAUUUCAGUCGCAGAGACAGGUGCAACUGAGCAGCAGAACUGCAGUUAUGGUCCAUAUUCAAGAACCGCCUAUGGCGGCAGGUUUCGUGUGUGAACAAGACACCCUUCCACCAGGAAUUCCUUCAACGCCACCAUCUGCAUGUGAGACGGUGACUACGCGGUUGGACAGUGCAAACACACGGGCAGAUUCUGUAACAGAAUGGACGCAAUAA